AUGAUACCUCUCGCCUGGCUCGUCGGUGCCCUCGCCCUGGCCCACGCAGCCAUGGCCGUCUCCACCCCCUUCUACCUUGACUCCUUCACCCCCCAGCUCGAGUACAAGCCCGACUCCACCAACACCACCGGGCAGGGGCCCUCGUGGAACGCCAGCUUCACCGGGAUAACGUGGGCUCAGCGCGAAGACAAGCGUGGUGGCAAGAUCGGCGUCGGAGAUGGGUACCAUUGGGUGCGCGGUGUCGCCGACGGUGGUCCCUCCGUCAGCAUCACUUUCUACGGUACUGGCGCCGAGUUUUUCGGGUUCUGGGGAUACCUCGACACGGGGAGUGUGAGCGACGGCGAGGGCGGUGUCGGCACCGGGGCUGUGAGAAUGAGCCUCAGCGGCGGGCCCGACUCGCUGCAGGACAUUGCGACGUCCGGGACGUCUAGUGGCGUCGGUCGCCCCGUCUCGCUGGGCAAGUAUGCGGACCUCUCCCGAGGAACUUACACCGUCACAAUGCGCCCAACAGACGGCAUUGUCUCGUUCACUCACCUCGUCGUGCAGACCGAUGUUGGAGGCAGUGCGAGCGAUCUCACUCAGGCAAUCGCAAACCCCAGCAUCUACAAACCCUACAUAGUCAACGGCGACAACUCGCUCGGCCUGAACCCUAAAUUCGGCCAGUUCCUCGGUCCUCCAGGUGGCGGAGCGCUCGAGUCUCCAAGUGGCAGCUGGGCCGGCCAGUCGAGCGACGAUAACAAGCGCGUGGGCAGCCGCGUCGCCCAGGAGAGCGUCAAGAUCAACCUCGGCGUCGGCAACAGCUUCCUUGGUGUCAACGGCACAGUUAACACCAACCAUGGCAUGUUCCGCGUCGACAUCGAACCCGCCCCGACCGGACGCCAGGGCACACAGGACUUUUGGGCCUCGACGUCGUGGCAGGUGCUAGACACGAUUCUCUUCGCCACCGGCCUCGACCCGGACACUGAGUACAGCUUGACUCUGACGAACAUUCAAGGCCAGAACGGCCAACCGGACGACUACAACGUGUGGUUUGACAUCACGUCGCUCACGCUUUGGAAGGUGCCAACAAACGUGAAGGCUAAGGCCCCCAACAUCAUCGGCGAGGACCCACAACAGAAGAAGAGCUCGAGUAGCGUCCCCAUCGGAGCUAUCGUCGGCGGCGUGGUGGGAGGCGUGGCAGUGAUCGCCGCUCUCGCACUCGCCGCUUGGUUCCUGUUCCUGCGUAAGAAACGCACCGACGACCUGUUCGAAUCGACUGCGUAUCUCGAGCCGGAGACGUACACAACAACGCCCUACAUCGUUCCCAGCUCUCCGAGUGCCGCCACGUUUUCCGAAAACCAGCCCAUGAUAUACCACGGACAACCGAUUUCGCCCAUCAGAGCGCGGCACCAGUCCCCGUCCGAGUCGUCGGACGGCUACCCGCUUUCGUUGACCGACGGCUCUGGGCGCGGCACCGUCGGGCUCGCGGGGCUGGGGUUCCUCGGCCCCACGCAGCAGCCCGGGCACUGGGUCGCGACGGACGCGGGCCCCUUCCACGGCACCACACCCGCGGGGGAGAUGCCGCCGACGUACAACCCGGCGUGGGAACCGACGGACGAGUCUGACAGCAACGCGGCGAGCCGGACAGGCGGGCGCAUGACUAAGGGCCGGUAG